UCUCCCAUGUUCUUAUCAAAACCCAUAUCUCCUCUAAUUAUUUACCUUCUCCCCUAAACGAACAGAGAGCAAUAUUUAACUAUCAUAUAUAGAAAAAAAAACUAUCAUAUUGUAUAGAAUACUAAUCAAAACCAUAUAAUAUGCCUUUCAGGAUCACGCCCCUACCUCUCAUCUUCCUCGUACUCAUUGUUUGUUCUUCAUCACUAGCUACAGUGGAAGGCUCUAUCCAGCUGGGAGGCCCAAAGAUGCAUGAGAGUUUCAUGCGUUACAAGAGUGGGGAGACGGAAGUGAACAAGAUCAUGAGCCACAGGAAGUUGAUGUUCCACUCGACUGCAGACUACGACGACGCAGGACCAAACCCUAAGCACGAUCCAAGAAGGAGGCCUGGAGGCAAGCCUUGAAUCAUUCAAGUCACGAUUAUCUCUCUCUAUAUAUAUAAGCACAUGCAUGAAAGGGUAUCUUUAUAUAUGAAUGUAUGUAGUCGUCCUAUUCUAACAUUUUGUUUGAGGAUGUACAGUACCCUUCAGAAAAGCGUUCGUGAAAAGAGAGAUUAGUAUACUAAAUUACUAAUUAAUUAUAUCACCUUGUUUUAUUGCCAUGUAUGUAUGUAGUAGCCCGUAUCGGAUAUUAAAUAAAGAGCGUUAUAGCUGUUUUUA